UCGAUUUUAUUCGUGUUCGUGUUUUGGGAAAGGGACGCGGAGACGCGUGCCACGCUUACACUCGUUCGAUUCAACACAACUGUUUUGGUUUUGUUGUUUUUUAUUUUUAUGAUUUAUCAAAAUCAUUUGAGACAUUUUGGAUUAAGCUGAAUGUGGAAGAAAGACCGAAUCAUUUAGCGUUUAGGAGUUGUUGUUGUUGUUGUUUGUGGUUUUUGAAACGAGUGGUUUGUUUUGUGAAAGUGUGGAGGUGUCAGUUUUUUUAUUCUUGAGAAAUUACUUACUAUCACUACAAGUGGAGUCGUCAGUGGUUCGUUGAGUUGUCUGGCCGCCGACUCAGAUGGGGGCUGCGCCCCUGCCAUGCCGCCGACUGCCAUGAGGUUGGACAGUCCGCCUUGCACCCACAAUAACAAUAAUAACAACAACAACAACAACAACGAGAAGGAAAAAGAGAAAGACAAGGACGCGUCCGGCGCCGAGCUGGAACUCCUCGCCAAGCUGGAGGAGGCGAACAGGCUCUACGAGUCGGACGCCAAGUCCCUUAACUCGUUGAGCGGCGCCUCCGGCCAUUCACGAAAGGGCUCCGACACUUCGCAGAUAUCCCUCACCUCCGGGACGAGUUCGACGCACGAGAGGGUGGAAGAUGCAAGUGAAGAGGAACGUUGGACGAAAUGGGGACACAUCGUCAACGACUGGGAGAACAACUGGCGCAAACAGAACGCUCAAAUUAAAGACCUUGUCCGGAUGGGUGUGCCCCAACACUUUAGGCCCAUCGUAUGGCAACUGCUCUGUUCCGCCACCGACGCCCCAGAGAAAAAACUUUACGCCGAAUACAUCAAGACGAAAUCUCCGUGCGAGAAAGUGAUACGAAGGGAUAUUGCGAGGACGUAUCCUGAACAUGACUUUUUCAAGGAAAAGGACGGUUUGGGUCAGGAAUCACUUUUUAAUGUCAUCAAGGCCUAUUCGUUGCACGACAGAGAAGUGGGUUACUGUCAAGGAUCUGGAUUUAUUGUCGGUCUGCUUCUCAUGCAGAUGCCGGAAGAGGAGACGUUCGCAGUCUUGGUUAAAAUUAUGCAGGACUACCGUAUGCGUGACAUGUUUAAACCCAGCAUGGCGGAAUUGGGUUUGUGCAUGUUCCAACUGGAGAACCUCGUCAGCGAGCACAUCACCGAUUUGAGUCAACAUUUUACCCUUCAAAAUUUUCACACUUCCAUGUAUGCAUCCAGUUGGUUUUUGACCUUGUUUACCACCGCCCUAUCCCUGCCUUUGGCCUGCAGGAUCAUGGACGUCUUCUUGUCUGAGGGAAUGGAAAUCAUCUUCAAGGUCGCCUUGGCCAUGCUUACUUUGGGUAAAGACGACCUCAUGUCGCUGGACAUGGAAGGAAUGCUAAAGUUUUUCCAAAAAGAACUUCCUGCAAGAGCAGAAGCCGAUCCUGAGGGCUUGCUUCAAUCGGCAUAUUCCAUGAAGUACAAUGCCAAGAAAAUGAAAAAAUUGGAGAAGGAAUACAACGUGAUUAAGACGAAGGAACAAGAGGAAAUGUCUGAACUCAAGAGAUUGCGAACGGAAAACAAACAACUGCGGCACAGAUGUGAAAUGCUUGAAGAAGAAAGUAAAGCACUGGCAGAUAGAUUGGUGAGAGGACAAGUUAGCAGAGCCGAAGAGGAAGAAACUACGUUUGUUGUGCAGCGAGAAUUGGACGCUUUGAGACACGCACAUUUAGAAACCAGCCAUCAACUCGCCCUCGCAAACGAAAAAAUCAGAUCUCUUUCUCUCAUGAUGGAAGAAACGCACACUUCUAGACAGUCUUCCAUUGAAGAAAUCACGUUGAAACAAGAGCAGUUACAGCAACGAGAGGAAAUGAUCCAAUGUUUGCAGGAGGAACUGGUCAAAGUGCGAUUAAGAGAAGCAGAAAAUGACGCCUUAAUUCGUGACCUUAGGUCGAGAAUUCACGAACUGGAAGAAGACAAGAAAACCUUGAGGGAAAUCACACCUGACAACAGUGUGGCACACUUACAAGAAGAACUGAUCGCGGUCAAACUGCGAGAAGCCGAAGCCAAUUUGUCGCUUAAAGAUUUGAGACAGCGAGUUUCUGAAUUGAAUCAACAGUGGCAAAGGCACCUACAAGAACAAAGACAGGACAAUUCGAAUUCAUCAAACGACGCCCUCAGCACACCCAAAAAACUCCUGUUUUGGGAAAACAGGCACAACGAAACUCAAAAACUCGAAGAGGAACUCAUGACCACGAGAAUAAGGGAAAUGGAAACUCUCACCGAAGUCAAAGAACUUCGAUUGAAAGUAAUGGAACUGGAAACGCAGGUUCAUGUCAGCACGAACCAACUGCGAAGACAGGACGACGAAAUAAAGAAGCAGCGGGAAUCUCUGGAAUCGGCCGAGUUAAGGGAUAGAGAUGCGGCCGCUCGUCUCUUGGAAGAACAGCGACGGUACUCCGAUUUGGAGAGCAAAAUGCAAGACGAACUGAUGAGAGCUCGGAUAAGCGACGCCGAAAAGACUCAGGCAAUAGCCGAACUCACGCAAAAAAUCAGCCAGUUGGAAUUGAAGAGUCAAGAAAUUGCAACAGAGGGCGAGCUUAGAAUACAUUCAGUAGAUGAUAGUGAUAGAGUUAGAGAGCUCCAGGAUAAAGUAGCGGAUCUCAAGGCUGAAGUCAUGAAAUUAGAAUCGCUGAAAGAGCGACGAUCGGGAAGCGGAGGAGGUCGUCAGCCCAACGAGAGAUCGUCAUCGAUCGACAGCACAGACGACGAUACCAAAAUAAGGCUUGACGAUCCGUCGCUACGUCUCCAAUUAGCCGAAUCUCCAACCGCACAGCCUGAACUCACUUUUGCCGAUUUGGGCACAGUCGAUUCGAAUGCCAACCACAACGUCUGAUUAAAUGGGAUAUGUGCAUAAAUAAUAAACCUUGUAUUAAGAGUAGUCGAAAUUCGAAAAAGUUAUUUAAAUUAGUCAAUUUGAGUUUGCAUGGUUGAAUUAUUGCUGCACCUGAUAGGCUCUCUUCUUCUCUCUUUUUCUGUCUCUCGAUUUUAACUAUUAAAUUAUUAUUUUGUAUUAUCACAAUUGGCAGUGUAUUUAUUGUAAAUAAAAUUACAUUUUUAAAAAUUUAUUCGUCAAGUGCAGGGUCUUUAUACAUAUUAACAAAAGAUUAUUUAUACAUAUAUGGGAGAUUAUUUAAAAACAAAAUAGUAUUUUAACUUAUUAUGUUAUUAAUUUAUUUACUAUAGUGAUAUUUUAGUCAUUUUUCCCUCCUUAAUUAAAUAUACCAAUAUGUACUUAAUGUAAUAAAUAAAUGGGUAUUUUCGUUGAAAUGUACGAUUUCAAACAGUUUUCCUUCGUUUAAAACUAUUUCAAAUCGUCUUUUUGUUAGUAGUCCAAAAAAAAAAGAAAAACUUAUGAACUAGUGAUACAAUCUAGAGUUGUUAGUACAUAGAUUUUGUAUUGUAAUAUUCUAUCUGUGUUAAUAUGGUAGUAUUAAAAUUAUGGGCUGGCGAGGAGGUUUAUUUAAAAAAAUGCGGUUUUGCUGUGCAAAACUUUAGACAAGAUAGUAAAUUAUUAAAGAAAAGUCGCCUCUACUUCAUUGUAUUUAAUCUGUUCUUCUAAAUUAUAUAAACAUCCUCCUCUGAUAUUAAUUGACAGCUAUCUAAUUAUUUAGGUGCUAAACAUUUAUUAAAUAUUUAUUUUUUUUAUUUGAUGUUGUCCGGCAUUUAAAACAUUCCAUAGAAAACAUCGAAGUUUUAGAAAUGUUGUUUUUUAAAAUUUUUAAUAUAAUACUCAAAAAAUGUAUCGCACAUUAAUAUUAAAAAGAAUUGGUGUGGUUAAUUUUUUUUGUCUUUAAAUUUUAUUUUAUGUAAUUUUUAUAACAAUUUUUAGAGCAAUAAAAUAAAAUGAAGUUGCAAUAUGUAAUUAAUUUCCUUUUUUUAAAUAUAUAUAU